AAAACCAACUUUCAAUGCAUUUUCGCCGUUUUGCAAACUCGUACAGGUUUGCAGGUGGCUGUUUUAUUCAUGCUGUGACAUUUCCAAAUGUUCCAGUUCCUCAUGACCACCAACUCCCUGACAUCUUGCUGCGAGUCGAGCACCAGAUCCAUCUCGGAUUCGUCGGCGCAGACGCCCGUUUACUGCCCGGUGUACGAGAGCAGACUGCUGGCCACCGCCAGACACGAGCUGAGCUCCGCCGCCGCGCUGGGAGUCUACGGGAGCCCGUACACCGGCGGCCAGGGCUACGGGAACUAUGUUACCUACGGCGCUGACGCGUCCGCUUUCUACUCUUUGGGAACGUUUGAUGCCAAAGAUGGAAGUGCGUCUGCGCAUGCGGGUAUAACACAGGCUGCCGCAUAUUACCCUUAUGAUCCCACCCUGGGACAGUACCAGUAUGACAGGUACGGAUCUAUGGAGGGAGGAAGCAGAAGGAAGAACGCCACGCGUGAGACCACGAGCACAUUAAAAGCGUGGCUGCAGGAGCACAGGAAGAACCCCUAUCCCACCAAAGGAGAGAAGAUCAUGCUGGCCAUCAUCACCAAGAUGACCCUCACGCAGGUGUCCACCUGGUUCGCCAACGCCAGAAGAAGACUCAAGAAGGAGAACAAGAUGACAUGGCCACCGAGAAGCAAGGGCUCCGACGAUAAGAAGUACGAUGAUGAUGAUGAUGAGGAUGAUGAGGAAGGGUCGCAAGAAGAUCAAAUCAAAAGUGAAACCAACGAUGACGAGAGCAAAAGUCGAGAGGACAAGGAGCUCCAGCUGAGUGACUUGGACGACUUUGACACCAUCGAGUCUGAGAGCUCCGAGUGUGAGCUCAAGCACCGCUUCCACAUGAACGCACACAUGGCGACCACCGACGACCGCCUCAAAGAAGCGCCUCCGAAGCUCUCCAUCCCCGGUCUGCUCGAAGCCAAAAGCGGCCUGAAGAGCACCGCGGAAGACUGCGAGCACAGCAAAGCGUGCUUCCAGCAGCAGGGCCUUGCGUUACUAGACAGCAAACCGCGCAUCUGGUCUCUGGCCCAGACCGCGACCUCGUUGAACCCAACAGAGUACUCCUCGUGUAUGCUUCGGUGCCAGCCAUCGCCCCCCGCCUCCUCACCUGUCAGCGGCCUGGAGAGACAGCAGGACUCACCUGUCACGACUCUCAGAAACUGGGUAGAUGGUGUUUUUCACGACCCCUUGUUUAGACACAGCUCCUUAAACCAAGCACACACGAACACUACGGUUUCUUGGACCACCUCGACCAAAGGGUCGAUCUUAGAGACCGGAGCGCUUGGACAGCAAGAGGCCAGCAAGGACAGUAUGACAUUUCCAAAGGGGGUGAAUAAAAUAUUCUGCUCCUAGCACACCA